AUGGGGAGGGACAAGAGGAUAGCGAUCAUAGGCGCUGGAAUUAGCGGCCUAUUGGCGUGUAAAUAUGCUCUAGGAAAAGGUUUUAGUCCCAUCGUGUUUGAAGCAAGGAGUGGCCUUGGCGGGGUUUGGUCACAAACAAUAGAGUCUACUAAGCUACAAACGCCCAAAGAUUUCUACCAGUUCUCUGAUUUCUCAUGGCCCCCUGCAGUGCAAGGGACUUACCCUGAUCACACUGACGUGCUCGAAUACCUCCAAGCUUACGCUGUUCGCUUUGACAUCCUUCCUAGGAUCAAGUUCAACUCCAAGGUAACCUCCAUCGAUUACGUCACAUCCUCUGCUGCAGAUUUGUUUUCUUGGAACUUGUGGGGUGGUUCCGGAGAGCCAUUUUCUCCAUCCGGUAAAUGGCAUCUAACUGUACGAAAUGCCCGGAAUCCAUCUGCUUCUGCUCAGGUGUACCAAGUGGAUUUUGUGAUUCUUUGCAUAGGAAGAUACAGUGACUUGCCGAACAUUCCUGAUUUUCCAUUGAACAAAGGACCGGAAGUACUCGACGGAAAGGUGUUGCAUUCCAUGGAGUAUGCUGCAAUGGAUGACGAUGUUGCCACCGAAUUGAUCAAAGAAAAGCGAGUGACGGUCAUUGGAUUUCAGAAAUCAGCAGUGGAUAUAGCAGCAGAAGUUGCUACUAAAAAUGGAGCAAGUCACCCUUGUACGCUGCUGUUCAAGACCGCCCACUGGACCGUUCCCGAACAUUUACUCUCAUUUGUGUUUCGAGGUUUGAACCGCUUCACCGAGUUAAUGGUUCACAAGCCAGGUGAAGGUCUCUUCAUCUGGCUCCUAGCCGUGUUUCUUUCACCUCUGCUCUGGAUAUUUUCGACAUCAACGGAGUGCUACCUCCAGUGUGUUUAUCCAUUAAGGAAAUACAACAUGGUACCGGCCCAUAAAUUCCUCAAACAAAUUUCUUCAUGCAAGUUCACAGUUCUGCCAGCCAAUUUCUAUGACAGAGUAAAAGAUGGUAGCCUUUACCUGAAGAGAUCGCAAAGCUUCAGCUUCUGUAAAAAUGGUUUAAUGGUACAAGGAGAGACUAGGCCUCUGCAGUCCGAUAUCGUAAUUUUCGCUACUGGAUACAAGAGUGAAGAGAAGUUUAAGAACAUUUUCAGAUCAAAUUUCUUCCGCAAAUGCAUUUCUGGGUCAUCGGCCCCUUUCUACAGGGAAUGCAUUCAUCCUCGAAUUCCACAGCUAGCAAUACUUGGAUAUGUGGAUAGUCCUUCGAUUUUGUAUUCCACUGAAAUGAGAAGCAAGUGGUUAGCGAGUUUCCUUGCCGGAAAAUUCAGGUUACCGACGAUAAGCAAGAUGGAAGAGGAUGUUAUGGAGUGGGAUAAAUGCAAGACAAGUGAUGCGAAAGAGAGCCAUGGAAAGUCUUGCGUGAGUACAUUACUCCAAAUAUACUUUAAUGAUCAACUAUGCAAAGACAUGGGAUGCAAUUCUAGAAGGAAAAGCGGGUUUCUUGCAGAGCUUUUUGAAGCUUAUUGUCCUCACGACUAUAAAGCCGUAUCUUAA